AUGGGUAACGUUCAUCGUAAAGUUGAUUCUCUUGAUGAAGAUAUUGGGAAAUUAACUGAUCUUAUAGAUAUUAUUGGACGUUUACUAAAUGCUAUGUUACAAGAAGUACAACCAAAUGAACAAAGUAUAAAUGAACUUAAACAAAAAAUAUCGCAGUUACGCGAUGCUAUACAAAGCAAUUUUAACAAAAUACAAGAAAUGAAAACUAAUAUUGUUAAAAGCAAUGCUCGCCAACGUAUUAUUAAAAACCAAACAAAUCUUACUAAACGAUAUUAUAAUGCACUUACGGAAUAUGGUACAUUAGCGGUCAAGUAUAAAGCAAGUUGUAUAAUAAGAACUGCAAAUGAAAUGAUGCGUGGUCCAAAUCUUUGUGAUCCUUUUCCAUUAGAUGAAUUAAAGAAUAUUUAUGGAGAAAUCGAUGAAAAAAAACUUCGCGAAGAAAUCGAAAAAAGAAAAGUUUUCGAAGAUGGAUAUCCAUUUGUGAAUCGAGAAAGUAUGCUUGAAUUACAUAGUUUAAUUACUGAUUCUGUUGGUGAUAUUGAUAUAAUUAAUAAACAAGAAUCAGAUAACUUAACUAUUGAAGACCAUGUCAACAACGAUGCUAAUAUUUUAAAACUAUUCCGAUUGUUUUGGUGCUAA